GCUAGCACUCUCCGGACCGGGUUGUAAUGGCAACUGACUGGAUGGAACAUCAACAGCAACUUUUGUAGUUCAUUUGAAGGAAGUUUCAGUUAAGGAGGUUUUACACAAACCUUGAGGAAAUUAUUUCUAAUGUGAGAAACAAAGUUAUACAGUUUUCGGUUCGAAAAUGUCCCAGGGAUGUACAAUUUAUGUGGAAGAGAUCCAGUCUUGGUGGGAAGUCCCCGCCAUAGCCCACUUCUGUUCGCUGUUCAGGACUGCAUUCAACCUACCAGAUUUUGAAAUUGAGGAGCUGGAAGAGGCGCUACAGAAGCAGGACACAGACUUUCUGGCUGACCUCCUCGUCUCACUGCUGCAAGGAUGCUACCAGCGUACAGACAUCACUCCCCAGGCGUUCAGCAGUUAUCUGGACGACAUCAUCAACUACCGCUGGGAGCUGGAGGAGGGGAAGCCCAACCCCCUGCGCCAGGGGCCCUUUGAGGAGCUGACCCCGCGCACACAGGUGGAGCUGCUGCACAGGCUAUGUGACUACCGCCUGGACGCCGCAGACGUCUUCGACCUGCUCAAGGGCCUGGAUGCGGACAGCCUGCGCGUGGAGCCGCUGGGGCAAGAUGGGAGCGGUGCCCUCUACUGGUACUUCUAUGGUACCCGCAUGUACAAAGAGGAGCCGGUCAAGAGGAAAGCGGAGCAGCUCAGUGAAGCCCCUGAGAUCAAACCAACAGAGAAGAGGAAAAGGGGAAGACCACCAAAGAAGAAAGUGGAGGAGAUCCAGCUAAGUGAGGUGGAGAGCGACGUGAAGGAGAAUGGACUGGAAGGUCUACACUCAGGCACAGACCGGGAGCGCGGUGCCUGGUCCUUGGUGUGUGACACGGAGGAGCAGUGGGCCAGUCUGGCCGAGAGCAUCAGAGACAAAACGUCCCCCCAGGACCGCCACCUCUACCGCAUCAUCAGCCAGAACUUCCUCCCUGAGAUCAGCAGCAUGAUCGAGCACAAGGUGAAUGAGCAGAAGCAGAGGCUGCUGGACCCCACCCCAGUAUGCAGCUCUUACCGGCUCUCUGAGAAACGCAUGAGCCAAGAGGAGGAGGACACGCUGCAGGCCAUAGCCAACAGGGAGCAGCAGAAACAGAGGGAUGAGGACAUGGACAGGCAGGCCCUGCUGAUGGAGCAGAGACGAGAAGAGGAGAUGCUGCUGCAGGAGGAGCGCCAGAGAGAGGAGCUGGAGAGACUCCAAGCUGUGGAGGAGCGAGCGCGGCGGCGGAAACUGCGUGAGGAGAAGGCCUGGUUGAUAUCCCAGGGGAAGGACCUGCCCCCCGAACUGCUGCACCUGGAGCCCCACUCACCCAUCCAACGCUCCCGCAGGACAAAAGAGUUCUAUGAAAUUGAUGAUGAUUAUACGGCGUUGUACAAAGUGUUGGAGGCCCUGAGAGCCCACAAAGAUGCCUGGCCCUUCUUGGAGCCUGUGGAUGAAUCCUAUGCCCCCAACUAUAAUGCGGUCAUUCGGACUCCGAUGGACCUGUCCACCAUCGAGACUAAGCUGAAUGAAGGGGAGUAUAUUGCCAAGGAAGAGUUUGUGUCUGACAUGAAGCUCAUGUUCGAAAACUGCAUUGAGUACAAUGGGGAAGACAGCGAGUACAGCAUCAUGGCAGAAUCCCUGGAACGUUGUUUCAGCCGGGCGCUACUCAAGCACUUCCCGUCGGAGGAUGGCGACACGGACGAGGAGUUCCACGUGAGCGGCGAGGACCGUGAGAGAGACCGGAAGGAGAAAAGGCGAAGCAAAGGCAACAAACAGGCAGGGCCAGAAAGCUUGAUCCGAGCCACCGAGCAGGCCUCACGCAAACGGACACAUCCAGGGGGCAAGGGCAGCACCCCAACGGAGGAGAAUAAGCCAGCACAGCCACCCCCUCCCCCCCACUGGGCCAAUGGACCCCCACACCCCCAUGGCAUGCCUCAUGGACAACCCCAUCAUGGGAACCUUUACCACCCAGCACAGCAGCAGCACCAGCGCCCCCCUAAUCCCCACGGCCCACACAUGUACGGCCAGAGGAUGGACCCCAGCUACGCCUACCCUGGACAGGGACACAUGCCCCGGCCUGGGGAUCCAAAUGCUCACCACAUGCCUCAACAUUACAACAUGCAGCCACACAUGGGGGAUGGACACCACGUUGGCCAUAGAUACCAAAUGGGGCCUGAUGGCCAUCCUCUUCAGCCACAGCACCACCGGCAGCAGCACCCCUACAUGGGUCCCACCCAUGGCCCCUCACUGGGCCCCCGUCCCGUGGCCCUCCAGUCUGGGGGCCUCUGCACACCCAUGCCCGACAGCAGCAUGUACUUGUCUCGCCAGCGCACCAACGGCCACCCCCUACACCCUGGAGGGAACUGCUACCCUGGGCCUGACGUCCCACCACGACACAACUACCCAGCCUUCCAUCCAGGCAUGGGCAUGCCUCCUAACAUGUGGUCAGGGAUGAACCACCAAGGCCAGGAGAGGCCCAGCGGACCUGGGAAACAAGUGCAAAAUAUGGCUAACCACCAGCAGCUCUCUUAUAACCACAGAGGUCCACGUCCCAUGGGCCCCAAACCCUGGCCAGAGCAGCAUGGGGGGCCCGGAGGGUACCCCUCUCAUCCCAAUGGCCAGUACAGGAUUUCCACUGGCAUCACCAGCUCCCCGGGACCCAUGACCCUGCGGACCCCCAUGCCUCAUCAGGACUCCAGGCAGUGUCUCGCCUCCAUGCUGGAGAGCCCAGAGAUGAUUGCCCUGCAGCAGCUGUCUGCCUCCUCCACUGGACUCCCUGCUGGCUCCUCUCACCAGGACAUGGGCAACUUUCAGCAGCAGCCCCCACAGGGUGUUGGCAGCGCCCCAACUCACCCCUCGCAGUACCACCCUCCCCCUGAAAUUCAGCUGCUGCGUCCUGCCAGAGACAAUGGCCCGGACAGCCAGGCUGCCCAUCACGCAGAUUUGAAGCCCAAAGGGUCCACGUCAGAUCCCGAAACAUCCAACAACAACCAUGCAGGAGCUCGGGUAACCCCCGUCCCAUCUGAACAGGAACGCACCUCGUUCCCCAGUCCCACAGAGCCUCCCAGUCGCCCCACUCGGAGCAUGCAGAGCCCCUCUGCUCCAAACUGGGGCAGAUCACAGGAGAGGGUUAGCGGGACCGGGGAGCAGGCUGCGUCUGGGCUGGGACUCCCACAGAGCUCAGAGACAAACGACAACCAAGAGGGGGAGAGCAGAGGACAAUCUGUCAGCCAAACUCCCCCUCAUCAGAACAACCCUUCCAUUGUUCAUCCUCUGCACCCCCACAAUGGCCCCCAGACCCCUCACUCCCAGAAUGCUCCACAGCAUAUUAUCCAGAGCCCCCCCCCAGCAAAUCCUAGAGAAUGCCACUCACCUUCAGAACGCCCAUCAACACAAUACCCAGAAUGCACAGCAACAAAACAUCCCUCAACAUAUCACUCGGAAUGCCCCACAGCAAGGAUCCCAAAACCCCCACCAACAAAACUCUCAGAACACCUCCACAUGUGGCUCAGAAUGCCCCUCAACCAAUCUCCAUGCAUGGAAUGCCACAGAGCGCCCCCCCAGGGGGCCCAGCCUGGCCCUGGUCCACCCCAGCCAGCACCUCUCACCUCCCUGCCUCCCCAGCCCAGCCCAGCCGACCAGAGGCCAAGUGAGCCCACUAGCAGGAGGGACUCUGGAGGCAGCUCUGGUAACUCCAGCAUGACGAAGUCUGGACCUCCAACUGGCAUCUAUAAACAACAGUCGUUCAGUCCCAAGGCACAACAGACACAGCCCGGUAACCAGGGGCCAAGGGGACCGGCACCUGGUCACAACCCAGCCAUGCCCCCCCACUCACAGGGCCAGGAGAAUGGAGCCAUGGGUCAAUAUGGCAUGGGCAGCCCAACACAUCUGCACUAUGGUCAACCUAUGGGCAAACCCAUGCCCCCUUCAAAUCAACAGCCUUACCCGAACCAACCUGUUCCCCAGACCAUGAACCCCCACCAUAACCCUGCCGGCUACCCCACCUACCACCAGCGAGGAGCUGCCUAUCCAUACCACAUGGCCCAGCAGCAGCAUCCCCAGGGCCACCCUAACAUGUACCCCCAGUACCAGCAGCAACACUUCUACCCCCAGCCCCAAGGCAAUAGCCGGGGGGGCUACCUCUCCGAGGAGUGGCACAGGCAGCAGCAGUACCAGCCUCGCCAACCCAUGCCCUCCAACACCUACCUGCCUGCAGCCAGUGCCAACGUCAAUGGGCGCCUGAAGGAGGGCAGCAGCAUGGGCUCCCCCCUGGGUUCUGAGGGCUCCGGGGGCAGCCUGAUGUCCCCCAAUCCCCUGCCUGACGGCCCCCGUGGAGGAUCUGUGGAGAAGGAGAGUAGGGAGGCCGGCAGCCCUGUGAAGCAUCAGCCUGCUCGGGUAGAGGAGAGCUCAGAGCGGCCAGAGAGCCCCAAAGAGAUCCUGGACCUGGACAGCCACAACGCUGCCGCACGCCGCCGGAGUGCCCAGGCCCCACCUCACGUGGCCAACUUCCUGUACGAUUCCCGAGCAGUGCAUACUGGGAUGCAGCAGGGCGGGGCCCCGCCUCCCCACAUGAUGUCUCAUGCUCCAUACCCCAACCAGCCAGGUUACCCCAGUGGACACUACGCCCCCCAGAGACCCCACCCCCACCUCAUGGAAGCCCUGCACCGGCCCCAGCACCUGCCCUUUCCCCCGGGGCAGACCCGCAUAGCCAUGUACAGACAUCCCCAGGUUGGAGGCCACUUCCAGAGCAUGAUGGUCCAGCAGAGAGGCCUGGCACCCGAACACUUCCUUCACCCAGGGCAACAGAUGAUGUCUCCCAGCGGUCCCAGCAGUAAACAGGGAGUUUGAACAACUCUGUGGGCGCAGGGUAAAGGACAAAAGCAACAAAAACCUGUACACAAAGCAGUGCCUGCAUAUCAUCCUCCCAUGACGAUAACCUGUGUGGUUGCCUGUGUGUCUCCUGUCAUAAGCCUUUAAAUGUGACUGAGCUGUUGGAACCGUGAUGUUCUCUGCUGUGGAGCGGCUCAAAAUGGAGUCUUGUCCGUUGUCUUGUCUCGGUCUGUCUGUGUCACGGGGCACCAGUAAGUACUGCUCUCACUGCAUCAGACAGAAAAUAUGCAGUGUGUGCAGACAAGGGAAACAUAUUUAUUUGGGAAUCUCUUUAGGGAAUGAGUUCUUUGCCCUUUGGGGAUGUCUGUCUGCUUCAUGUGGAACCCUCACUGAGACUGCCUCUCUGCAGAGACAUGGCUCUGUCUGCCAGUGGACUUCCAGUUCAGACUGUGUGUACAGCUGGUCCCUUCCUGCAAGAACAUCUGGAGAUCCUGCUCCUCUGUCUGCAGCCUCACACUGGUUGGACAAAGCUACUGGUCAUUGGGUUUUGUCUGGAGGAAGGCUCUUCCCCUGACUAUAGCUCUCCUAUGGACCUCCAGCCCCUUCGGUCCUAUCAGAACCUCUACAGAAGAGAAAAAUGUAUCCGGUGAUGAGAAGAGGGCUGGUGUUAUUGUUUCUGUUUUUUUCCCCCCAAACCUUUUUAAACUCAGGUGUAGUAAAGGAGGAACUUUAAGACUGUAGAGAAGCCGUCAUCAGAACCCUGUCGACAAACAGGCCUUGCCGUUUCCUUUUUGUUGAAUGUAUGUGUGAAUGAUAGAUAUAGACCUGCAGAGAGCCUUCUCUGCUAUGCACUAGGGAUAGUCUACACAUACUGGAGUGGCCUUGGAAUUUUUACGUUAGUGCUUGUUUAUAUAUAUAUAUAUAUAUAUCACAGUUGAAGUCGAUAGUUUACAUACACCUUAGCCAAAUACAUUUAAACUCUGUUUUUCACAAUUCCUGACGUUUAAUCCUAGUAACAAUUCCCUGUCUUAGGUCAGUUAGGAUCAG